AUGUCUUCUAUAGUGUCUGGACCGCAAAACCUGGCGGCAACCAUCCGUGCCGUCGCGGCGCAGCCAGAAAAGCACGCGGCGUUUCUGGACGAGACCAUUAAGGAGGCCAAGGAGUUUCAGAGGAAGAACCUCACGUACUACGAAACCACAGUCACUUCUUUUUUGCUGUGUUUGGAGAUCUUUGAUGUGGUUGGGGGAAAUGCGCUUGAAGUCUCGUGCGCUCUCACAGCGCUGGACAUUCUACUCAGGCUCGAUCUGACGACGACGCAGGUGUCUCAGUGCAACAGCUAUGUCCGGCUUUGUCUCUGCGCGGUAAGUGAUGUCCCACUCGCGAUAGCCGCUUCGCGAACAUUUGCGGAGACGUUAGUUAGUAGCAUGACGUCAGACUUUGUUCGAAGUCAGAUUGAUGACGCUCUCUCUUGGAUUGAGUUGACGGAGCCCGCCAUGUGUGUAAGGCGGAUAUGUGGCUUGUUGCUCCUGCAGGAGGUUGUUGUGCGGAUUCCCAUGUUGAUUCUUCCAAAGCUGAAUACUCUCUUGGAAAAGUUGUGGAGCAGCUUGGCCUCAGAGAAUGAGAUGGUUCGUAAUACGUCGCUGCAACUCUUUAAGGCAUGUGGGAAACUUCUUAGCAGCCGGUCACCGGCUCUUCGGGCCAAGACGAUCGAUACAUUGCUUCAUCAGCUCAAGUCCAAUCUUGCAGCCAAGUUGAAAGAGAGCAACAUGGCUGGACUACUAGCGUUCGAGACGGUGCUGAUGAGUUCAAUGGGGACUCCAUCGCAGCCCCGUUAUGAGGAUGUAUCGAUUAUGUUAGUACCCUAUUUCAUGACGGGGGGAUCAACUACCAGCUCAGAUCUUGUACGGGAGCUUCUCUUCCGCUCUCUUGUAGUACUUUGUCGAUACAGCACGGCACUGUUCAUUACCAACCAGCUGAAGGACACCGUGAGUUUUGCACUCAAGUCCAUUCAGAACCUUUUACAACACUGUGCCGCAUUCGAGAUGCUCAGUGACAUUAUUCCUAUUGUAGGCAAAAAGGCCUUUAGCCCUUUUGUGAAGGAGGUAUGCGAUGCGGUACGCUUCGUAUCGGAGAAGUCACCAACCCCGUGUUGGGAAGCACUCAAGUGCUUCUCAGUUAUAUGCCGUGAAUGUCCACCUGCUGAUGUAGAGAGCUAUAUUGAGUCCUGUAUCGAGAACGUUUUCGGCUGGGGUCUCUCGUCGCAAUUGGUUGAAUGCAUGAGGGACAUUAUUUCAUCGUCCAGUGCAAAGUACCGGACAAAAUUAGAGGAGGCGCUACUUGACAUGAUCUCAGUGACACUCUGUGGAUUGCCGUUUAGGCAGCAAUCUGGUCUCAAGGCGAAUGUCCCCAUUAAUCCAGAGUCCGAACCAACAGAGAGCCAAAUCGUAAUUGCCAUCAACGCAUUGGUGCAGUUUGGUUUUUCGAACUCUGAGCUGAUGGGUGACUUCCUCCGUGACUCGGUUCUUCCGCUCAUUGAUAGCACAAGUGAUUCGGUGCGGAAUGCUGCCAUUCGUACUAUUGUGACGUUGUUAAUACCAUCCGGUGUAAGGGGCGAUUUGACAAUAGCUCGCAGGAUAUGUGUCGACAUGAUCGUCUCGCGAAUGCUUGUUGUUGGCCUCGCCAACCCUGAUCCGGUGUUACGACAGACCAUUCUGAAAUCCUUCACUCCGGCCUUCUAUCCGUAUCUCAGUGAGGUGCAGUUUUUGACACAAUUCUACGCUGCGCUCGGUGACGAGGAUAUUCGCUGUCGUGUUGCCGCAACGGAGUUGCUCUGUCGCAUGAUUAGCCACGACCCCUCGCAUAUUCUACCGAUAUUUCGCAAAGAGGUGGUGCAGGUUCUUCACGCUCUCUCUGAUAAUGGAAACGUGACAGCAGUCCAGAAUGGACUACAACUUUUGGAUGCCAUCGCGUCAAAUGCACCGCAGUUCGUAGUAAACUUUGCUGAGGGUAUUGUCAAUGCUCUCGAACCACAUUUCUCUUCACUGAAUGCACACUCGCCCAUUUUACAACCACUUCUACGCUGCUGUACAUCUGUAGCUCAUGCAGCACAUCUUUUUGGUCGUAGCGAAUUGAUUUUCACCGUGGAGGUGGAGCGAAUGGGUGAAUUACUAGACUCUCUACCGCUCGACGCCGAGUUGGUCGACUCGAGGUUGUGGUGUCUACGUUUUCUUGGCACCACGCUUGGUCCGCUGGUUGGAGGCCGCCCGACGUACGAUGUGUACCCACACUUGUACCGUCAGCUCUCCGACAUCUUAAAGAAUAAUGACGAGAACUUGGAAGUGCGACUUGAGGCGUUGCGUUGCGCCGGCACUAUUGGGGCGCUCGACACCACCAUAUUUCAGUCAUUGGCGAUCGGCCAUGAAGCAAAGCAAAACAAACUGGAGCGGAAUACUCCGAAUGUACUCUCCCAUUCCAUGUGCUGCCAUUUUGUCCUCCAAGCCAUUGCCUCUGUGCUGGAUCCAAACGAGAAACGUUUCUUGGGCAGUAAGGAUAGCCUGCUUCUGGUGGGAGUUCAGACCAUCCUCAAUAUUGGCGAGCGUUGUCCAUGCUCACGCGCCGAAAUGGGCGUCGUCAUUGGACCUGUCGUGCGAGCUGCAAGUGAGCUGAACUGUGGCCGCCUCUUUGGUACUGUGUUGUAUGAAUUAACACAAAUUGUGAAGUACGCUGGAGCUGCUGCUCUUGCGGAGGCCAAUGUCCUCUACAAAUUCAUUGAUGAGGCCUGGAAUAAAUGUGCCGCGUACCGCUUUCUCACUGUGCGACUCGCAUCCACCAUUAGGAGCUUGGAGAUGGAGGGACAUAGGGAAUCAGAACGCAACAACACACUUGUACUCCACAUUCAGUUCAACGCACUUAAUGAUGCAGAUUCCUCAGAGUUUCUUAGAUAUGCUAUCCUCGAAUACAUCAUAAAACAUACCGAAGCGCUCCAGGCGUGCACCGAGUUUGUAGUUACAAACUUGCUUCGCGCUACACUGAAAAGCUCUGUAGAAUUUGUCAUAUGCGUUGUGACAACGCUACGGGAAGUAUGCUGGAGGCUGAAUGUGGAUAAGCUAGGUGGCUCUAUAGUGCGUGGUCUGCUUGCCUGUCUAAAGCAUCAUCUACAUGUCAUCACGAGGGUCACCGAGUCUAAUACAUUGGUUAAUCGAGUCAUGAGUGUGUUUUGUGUACUGGUAGUGCAGAUGCAAGGGGAUUUCAUGAAGUACUCGCCAGAGGUCAUGCGUACACUCAAGACACUCCGAAUCUCGAACUCGGAGUUCAUGGCUCUUCACGGAUUGUUAGGGAAGGGAUUUCGCUGUGCGCUGAGCGAUGCCUCUCUAGCGGACCACAACGAUCAUGUAGUGCGUGCCCUUAAGAAGUGUGAGGCUAUGGUUAUUCGAGGCAUUUCACGUCUUGGGGACGUGUGGAGUCCGACAAUAAACACUGAUGAAACUUCUACAGUAUUUAGUGACGAUGAACGGCCGCUGCAAUUCUCGGAAAAACGUAUUAUCAGCAGUACUAAGACAGCCCCACUCACAAAGGAAGAGUGGCUUAAGUGGAUUGACCACUUCUCUAUUACAAUCAUGCAGGAGUCACCAUACCGCGUAUUCCGCUGCGUUUCGCUACCUAUUGGGACUAAUGCAAUACCACUUGUCGAAUGCUCGCCUCAGUUCACACAGGAUAUUGUGCGUCUCGCGUUUCGCGCAUUGUGGAACUUCUGCAGUGCCUCUGUUCGUUCUUCCAUUGUUGAUUUUUUCCGGCAGACACUUCAACAACCAAUGCGCUCCUCAGCGGUGCCAGAUGAUGUAAUCACGGUGCUGCUGUCCCUCGUGGAGUACAUGGACAUUGUCGGUAUGACACUCCCUAUUUUACCCAAUGAUCUUUCCGAGUGCGCGUGGCGGCGUGGCAUGCUCGCCAAGGCGCUCUACUGGCGUGAGGCGGCUUAUCGUGAGAACCCAUCUGGCACUAUCGAGUCGCUUAUUAACCUCUACAGUGAGUUGUAUCAAGUGGAUUCUGCGGUCGGUAUUUUAAAUGAGGCGGAUGAGGAACAGAAACGCUUCCUGUUGCGACAGUCAAGCCUCCUAAAGCUCACUGGCUACACAGAGAUGGUGCAGCUGACGCAGCGUGAGAUUGAAAAAGACAUGGGAGCUUCUGGGAGUAGCAAUGCGAGUUCGGCAAAGCCACUGCCGUACCGAGGCAAUACAUUUCGGUGCGUAUCUGGAAGAGCAGGUCGUUCGCUAUCUGAUGCUAAUGGUUCCUUCCGUAGCGAAGAUGCGGCGCUAGAUGUUGUAUUGGAGCGGGAGGCGAGACAAAUGAUGAAUCUAAGUGAGUUUGGUGACUAUGACAAGGUUAUUGAACACUGGGACACCAUGUUUCAUAGAUACAACGAGAAGGACGUGGAGAAUGAAGAGAAUAACAUUCUCUUCUAUGUCUCACAGUAUGCUGCAGAUGCUGCCAUACGACUGCAGUCGUGGAAUACACUGAAGGCAACGCUGCGCUGGCUUCCCCAGGAUACCGUGCAGUACCACAUAUCACAAGCAGCGAUGAAUAUUCACAAUGGACAAUACAACGACGCCACCUUUUCUGUGAGUGAAGGACGAAAAUUGUUAUUGGAGGACCUCUCAGGGCUAUUACACGAGUCGUAUACACGGGCGUAUGAAGGGCUCGUCAUCGCACAGGAGUUGAAGGAGCUAGAGGAGGUGAUUGCGGCUAAGCGUGCAGAGGAAGCUUCAUCGAUGCAGCACCUACGUCGUAUCUCUCGGUUAUGGGAUCAGCGUAUCGAGAUGAUGUCACCGACCGUUCCUGUGUGGAAGCAAGUGCUUGGUGUUCGAGGACUGCUCAUCCCACCAAGCGAAGAUGUCACGACGCGCCUACGUUUUGUGCAACUUUGCCGUCGUGCCAAGGUGAGACAGCUUGAGCGCUUCACAUUUCAUCAACUACUAGGAAACCGCUGCCCAACGUAUGAACAUCUGAUGAACCGCAACAUCAAUCCACGUGUUGUUAUGCAGUACAUUAGCUUUCUUUCUGGAAACGGUGAGCUUGGGCAGGAAUCCCAGUACGGCCUCGAGAGUGAUCUUCUUAAAAAGAUGAUUGACACAUACUCCAAGGCGGAAAACUCCGCUCUGCUGGCUCGCGCUUAUGCCCGCCUCGGCACCAUGGCAGAACCAAAAGAGGCUAUUGACUGCUACAUGACCGCCACACUGUAUGAUCCCAAUUGGUUUCACGCAUGGCAUAUGUACGCCGAAACGAACGCCGAAAUUCUUAAUGUGGAGUACUCUGACAGUGUGUGCGCUGCCGCGAUUGAAGGAUACAUUCAGAGCAUUAAGCUUGGAACAUCCGAUUCCACCAUGAUUCAAGAUGUCCUCAAACUGCUUACGCUUCUGAGUCGUCACUGUGAUCAGGAAGACGGCAUGAAGGAGUUGAACAAACGAGUACUAGAUGUCUCCUCGCGUGCAUGGCAAUUAGUUGUGCCACAGCUUGUCGCCCGUUUGGACUCUGGAUCAGAUGAAAGUUGCCAACUCAUCGCUGACAUCCUUACUAGUGUGGCCUUUGACUAUCCACUCUCUUUGAUUUACCCAUUAAACUUAUGCACUAUGUCGGAUUCCGAACGGCGCAAGAAGUGGGCCAACACAAUCCUCGAGAAACUACAAAGCAAAUACCCUAUCAUCAUUUUCCAGGGUCGUAUUGUUAUAGACGAGUUGCUUCGAAUAUCAGAUUUACUAUAUGAACAGUGGUACGAUCGCUUAGAAACUGCCGCGACGGCAUUUUUUGGACGUAGGAAUUAUCAUGAGAUGGUGGAGGCGCUUUUGCCUUUGCAUGAGAAACUUCAUCGUGUGCCUGAGACUAUUCUGGAGGCUGAAUUCACCUGCAAAUACAGCAGAAGUCUUGAUGAAGCAAAUGAGUGGUUACGAUCAUACUUGCGAACGGGAUCGGUGGCAGAUCUACACUCUUCCUGGAACAUAUACCACGGGGUCUACCGACAGAUUGAUGAGCAGAUAAAGUCACACAACCGGUUACCCCUUCCGUUUUGUAGCCCAAAGUUAUUUGAGGCACGAAACCUCUCAGUGGGUAUACCCGAGGUUAUGCCAGCGGAAGAGGCCACUGCGUGCUGCAUCGCUUCUUUCAACGAUACACUGGUUGUGAUUCCUAGCAAGCAAAGACCAAAGCGCCUAAGUGUCAUCACAGCUGAAGGGAAGAAGCAAAAAUAUCUUCUUAAAGGACGCGAGGACCUUCGGCUUGACGAACGUGUCAUGCAACUCUUCCGGCUCGUAAACACCCUUAUGAUGUCUGACUCGAGGACCUACAAGAACUUUGGAUUCCAGAUCCAACGCUACUCUGUGACACCAAUCAAAGAUAACGUGGGCCUCAUUGGUUGGGUGAGCGGAUGCGACACCCUUCAUGAACUUGUAAAGAAGUACAGAGGAUUCCGUGGCAUUCCCCCUGAGCUGGAGUUGCGAAUGCUGAAUCAGAUCAUUCUCUAUGAUCAACCCAAAGCGUACGAUUACCUCACUAUCAUGUCCAAGGUGGAGGUGAUGGAGUUCCUCGCUGAUCACACGUCGGGGCACGACAUCCGUAAAGCCAUGUGGGCGUCUGCUGCAAGCUGUGAAACGUGGUUAGAACAGCGCAAGGUGUUUACAACUUCGUCAGCAACCACAAGUGUGGUGGGAUACAUCCUUGGUCUUGGUGAUCGUCACCCCAACAAUAUCAUGAUCCAGCGUACAUCCGGCCUCUUGGUGCACAUUGAUUUUGGUGACUGCUUCGAGGUCGCCAUGACACGCGACAAAUUUCCUGAAAAAGUUCCUUUCAGACUCACCCGAAUGCUUCGGAAUGCACUUGAUGUUUCUGGUGUGCAAGGUGCAUUUCGCAUCACGGCUGAGACGGCCAUGUCCGUGCUGCGCAACGGCAGCCAUAGCGUCCUCGCCAUACUAGAAGCAUUUAUCCGAGAUCCCCUCAUCUCAUGGCGACUGAUGAACCGACCAGGGGAGGAGCCAGAGGCAUCGACUGAUCAUCGGACAAUUGAGGAGCAGAUGCGGGUGGCGAAGUUGCAGUCACACCUUCGCUACGUGGGAGAGCGCCCAAGGGAGACUAUUUCAUCAGAAGCCAUGAAGGGUGUUAAUGCUGUAUCUGUACGAAACGAAAUUGACAUGGUUCACAAGGGUGUGACAAUUUUUCAGCGGGUACGAUCAAAACUAAAAGGAGAGGAGUUUUUGCAAACAGAGGAAUGUGGUGUGAGUAUGGAUCCAAAGGUUCAAGUGGCUCGGCUUAUUGUAGAGGCAACUGACAUCACAAACGUCGCGCAGUCGUGGUCUGGAUGGUACCCAUUCUGGUAA